AUGAGGAUCCGGGCCACUGCGCUGCUGCUCGUCUUCUUUCUCUGGCCAGCCGAGGCUCAGAGUGACAGCAACAGGAGACCAAGCAUCUGGGACAGUCCCAUCAACUUUGUCACCAAGAAUCAAGACAAGUGCACAAUGAUGAUUACGGGCCAAGGAGAAAAUACAAACCUGAGGCUGUCGUGCCAGGGUGCCAGGAGCUACUGGUGCGAUUACGCGGGGAAACCACACACCUGCAGCGCUUACAACAAAAACCCACGGCACUACUUUGUCCAGCUGAUGUGGACCCUGAGAAAGCUGCCAAAUGCCUGCCGAGGACCGAGACAGCUCAAAUCCCACAUGUGCAGGAAGGCAGCUGAUGAAUCUCAGAUGGUCUUCCAGUCUGCUUCCAUCCCCCAGCCGGGCACUUCUUACAGGACAGCAGCGCGACCAUCACAGCAGUCUGCAAGAUCUCAAACUGCACAGGGACCUGCAAGGCCCAUGUGGAGAACAGCUCGGCCACUAAAACGAGUUAAGGCCACGCAGAGAUCCAGUCCAACUCCAACAGCCCCUCCAUCUGAGAGCACCCCCAAGAGAAUGGCUCGGCACUACUGCUGGAGGUCCCUGCAGGGCAUCUGCUCCGUCGUCAUCGGUUGGUUUCAGAAUUAG